AUGAAUAAAGAAAAGAACAUUGGUGUUCCAAAGGUCCCUUAUCCCCUACAAAAUGGAAAACCACAAAGAUUUACUAGCUAUUUCUCAGAUAUGACAAUUUGGAUCAGAAAAGAUGUGUGUGAAGCUGUUGAUUCUGGACUUCUAAAUGUUCAAAUGACUGGCCCGAGACACUGUGAAGUGCUAAAGUGUGAAGAAAGAAAAAUUGAAGACACUUCUGGCGGUUAUAUCAAACGCAUUACUGAUAAUCAGACCAGCAUCAUAGCAGUGUUCCUCAAGGAAGCAGUUGAUAAGAUGCUCCAGAAGAGGCUGGAAGAACCAGACGAUUCACAAAUCAAUUGGGAAGAAGGUGUUGUUAUUUUGGAAAAGUACAGAAUUAUUUACUUAACUUUACCAGAAUCUAAAAAUGGAACUUUUGCUAUUCAAGUAGAUAAAUUUGACUACUUGGGUGAGCCACUCUCUUCGUUAAUGAAAGAUUACCCGUUUGUAAUUCAAAGAUCUGAAGAUGAUCCAGAACUUCAGAAAAAAUGCGAAGACUUUGAGCAAAAAUUUGCAGUAAAGCAAACCAACCUGGACAUUUUAAGGUUGAAGCAAGCACUGGCUCCAGAUAGUCUAGAAUCUUCAACAGAAUUAGAUAGCCUUCUUAAUGACGUUCUGGAAGAGGUUGAUCCACUGGCAAAAACGAGUGUCAAGGAAUCAGUGAAAUCUCUGUGUGCUGGAAAUAAUGCAGCUGACUUUCUUUUGAUAAGCUCUCAAAGCUCACAACUGCUGGAUAAGUUGGAAUCUUCUGCUGAACAUAAAAUCAGUGACAAUGGUGUUAUUGAAAAUAAUUCUUCUAAUUUGGAUAGUAGUAGUAGAUUCAAGAAAGAGAGGCAUCGUUCUAAUACAAGUGACCAGAUUUCUUCAAAAAAUAUUUUAGAUCCAGGUGCAGAUACAGUCAGCAAAGCAUGUAAUAUGAAUUUUGAGAUGUCUCUUACACAAAAGACUCCAGCUGCUCUAAAUAUCAAUAGUGAAAAGGAAUUUAAAGUCUUAAGAAGUGGCAGGCUUAUUCACAGAGUGAACAAAAAACAAACGUCUGACACAAAAUAUUUCAUCAAUGAACAAAAGACUAGUUCACUGAAUGACAGUUCUCUACUACUUAGCAGCUCAUUGCUGUCUGAAGACUAUAAUACUAGAAGUCGGCAUAAAAUAACUGACAAAAAAAGAACUUUGAGAAAUUAUGAAAAUGAACAAAAUGCCACAGAGAAAUCUGUAUUAGCAAGCAGAUCACCUUCUAAAAGGAAAAGUGUUGGUUUUGAUGAUUCAGGUGCACUGAAGAAUAAAAAAUACUUAAGGAAAGAAUCUAGUGUGACAAAUAAUGUAAACAUGAAAGAAAAAAGUAAUUCUGACAGUACUUUACCAAAAGACUGUGAUAAUCUUACUUGCAGUGCAUCAACAGAUAAACCUAAUUCUUUAAUUCACAGUGAUUUUAUUUCUCCGGAAGACACUAACAAUAGGGUGGUUGAUAAAAACGUGUUUGAAGAAUUCUGUAGUAAUUCUGACUAUGGUUUAUUUGAAGAGAAAUGCACAAUCAAUGAAAGUAAUCCUUACUGCGAAGAAACUAGAAUUGUUAAUGCUGUGUCGCAAGAUUCACAGCCUAGUGAAUAUACGCAAUCUGAAAGUAAUGCACAAGAAGAAGAAUUGGGUUGGUGUCAGAAAACUAUUGUUUUAUCCUCUGAGGAAUAUAACACCACUCCAGAUUUGAAUAUUCAGGAAAUAGCAGAAGGAUCAUUUAGUUUUUUGUCCCAGAUCCCAAGUUCCCAUACAACAGAUUGCUUAAAAAACCAUGUACAAGUAACCAUUGCUAACAAUACAUUUUCUGGAUCUAAAGAAUCUCUAGAUGAAUCUUUGAUGAUUUCACCAACUCCAGUAAAAGAAAAUAGAAAAAAACUUUCUGAAAAUAAUUUUAAAAGUUCUGAGUGUAGUAGGUUGGAAGCACAGAAGGAAAUUAGGAGUUGUUGCACCACACCUCAUGAUGUAAUUGAUCUUACACAUUCGUCUUCAUCAGAAGAAAAUGAGACUUAUGUUUUAGAAUCUAAAACAGCACUUUCGCAAGAGAAAAUUAACACUGAGUAUUUAUCUUAUGCAGAUAAUGAUGUUGAAAGCCAGGUUGACAGUUCGAUAUUUGAUGGUUGUGGCAUGACCUAUACAUUUAUGGAUUCUCCUCCAGGUAUUGUUGAGAAACCAUCUAAUAAUUACAGUGACCACUUAAACCAGGUAAUUCCUCUAACUUUUGAUAAGGAUGCUUGUAGAAGAAAUUUAAAUUUCCAGCCUAAAGCUGUGUUAGAAAAUCAUUUUAGUAUUGUUCCUGAUCAGAAACAAAAAUCUGCUUGUCACGAUGUUUUGAAUGCAGAAAUGAAAGGUAAAAGGUUUGAACCUUGGUGUAAUGCAUGUGAAAGAAGUCUUAUUUCAUGUACGUGUUCUUUUAUAAGAAUGAACUUAAACACUUUGACAGACUCUGAAAUCUUUCCUAUUCAUAGCAAAUCAAAAUGUGAACCAGAACCAUACUUAACACCAAAUAAAGAAAAACCUAAAUCAGAAUCUGAUGAUACAAAAAUAAAAGGCAUGCAUGAAUCAGGACUUGAUGUAACAGCAUAUGAAAGAAAACAUGAAUCCAGACAUGAUGUAAUAGUAAAUAAAGGAAAACAGGAAUUAGAAUUUGAUGUAGCAGCAAAUGAAGGAAAACAGGAAUUAGAACUUGAUGUAGCAGCAAAUGAAGGAAAACAGGAAUUAGAACUUGAUGUAGUAGCAAAUGAAGGAAAACAGGAAUUAGAACUUGAUGUAGCAGCAAAUGAAGGAAAACAGGAUUUAGAACUUGAUGUAGCAGCAAAUGAAGGAACAAGUUAUUCUCUUCAGAUAGAGGAAGGUAGAUUCCCCAAAUUUCCAGGUAUUUCAACCUCUGCUGAAGUGACAUUACCUGAAACAACUGCUGCUUUAACUAGUCACCAUCAUAGACACUCUAACACUUCUGUUUUCCCUACAGGAUAUGUAUCUUUUGACUUUACAGAUUCUCAGAUUGAAAGGAUGAUGCACCUUCUUCUUAGAAUGCUGGAUAUUAAACCAGACAUUUAAAGUUUGUUUUUAUUUGUCAAUACAAAUAGUUUAUGAGCAACCCAUACUUACGAUGUACCAUAGUAUUAGAUGUUUAAAUCACCUACAACCUUACUUGCAUAGGUAUUCUUGCUAACUGCUUUUUUUUUCAUAUUGAGAACUAUAAAUGUAAAAUAACUGUAAAUAUUUUUUAAAUAUGAGAUCAUUUUUAAAUGCAAAUCUGUGAAUAUCUUAAAAGUUUCUAUUUAUAUAUCAUGCUGUCCAUGUGGAUGUACCUCCUGAUAUGAUAGAAUGUUUUGUAUGUGAUUCAUCUGUACAUGUACCAUUAUAUAUUCAGUCAUUGAAUGAACCGACAGUUUCAAUUUUGUUAUCUAAGUUAAUAGUAUUUCCAGUAGUGAUGUAAUCAGCAUUGCCUACUGGUGCACACGUAUAUAGAUUCCGUUGGUAGACAACUGAUUGGUUUCAGUUUCAAUUACCCACAUUAAUAGUACUUGGAGGUGAUCAGUAGUGUUGUACUGUGGUUUAUGGUGUACAUUUAUAUACAUAUUCAUUCACUUAAACAUUUGGCUUUAAUUUUACCCUUAGUAGUAGUAGCUAAAUAGUAAAGUGAUCAAUACUCUUUAUCUGUAUUAGUUUACAAAUAUUUGGGUUUAUUGUGUGUUUAUAUAUAUGUAUUCAGUCACUAAAUGAAUUGAUGACUUCAGGUUUAGUUAAUCAAUUAUAUAGGUCAUUAUCACAUCCAUUGGAGCUCAUUUGAGGGGGAGACUUGAAAAAAACGUUUUAUUCUCAUAUUUAUAAAAAUUACUAGUUGUGAAAGUUGUUUUACUGGGAGUGGUAGUAUUACUGAUUAAACAACAGGAUUAAGUGCCUUCUACUUGUGUCAUCUUUUUAUAAUUGCUUAAUUCUCUGAAUACAGGAAAGUAGAUUUUAAGUUUUGUUUUUGUCUCUCAGUUAAAAGAAAAUGAAUGGAUUGCAGAGAAAAAUUAUUUGUGUAUGUUAAAUUUUUAUUUUAACAUAAUAUGAUGAGUAAAUCAAAGACAGGAAAUAAGUUCAUUUAUAUAGAAGUUUAAAUUUCAGCACAAAACAAGAAUACAUGUAUUUGUAAAAUAUUUUAACUAAUUUACUCUUAAAUGUUUUACUUAGAAAAUUUCAGAAAAAAUAUUUAAAUUUUAUUAUAAUUUUUUAAAUGAACAGUUAUGAUAAUCACAGCUGUAGAAUUAGAGAAAAACACAGACUAAAAAUGUUGUUGUAUACUUUGAUAAGAUUGAAUAAUAAAGAUGUUUACACAAGUUUUAAAAAUUGUA